GGGAGCCUACGUCAUGCAAAUGGCGGACGUUGUAAACAGAGCCAACAGCUUCUCGGAGGCCAAAGUGAAACAUCUCUUUUUAAGAUGAGUACCGUAGACUAUGAGCGCUUAGACAGUCUGGAGGGCUGGGUAGCCGUUAAAAGCAACAUAUUUGAAGAAACAGAGACGUUUAAGCUGGGCUUUAUCGUGCAGUGGAAUGUCAUCGAGUGUAAGUUCGCUGUCACCUGCCACAACCGGACGUUACAACGGCAGAAACGCAAAGCCGAAGUUGCCGUCGGCGACUCUGAGGUGAGCUGGGCUGGACUCUUCUCCGUGAACGAUCUGAGACACAUCCAUCAGCAGCUAACGUGUGUGGCGGACGUCCUGGGAUCCUGUUUUCCGGAUUUGUCGGAGUUUGAAGAUGGCAACAUUUGGGACUUGCUCUUCCUGAAUCGGAGGUCAGGUCCCGAACACGACGACGAGAGGGAUUUUGAUACACCGUGUAGGAAACUGGAAAAAUAUUUCAGCACAGCCAUUGACAUCUGCGGACGGAAAAUCGUUCUCGAUACGUUAUUCACCCAGGAUGAGCGGGAUGUUGAUGAGUACUUUGAAAAUCUGCUGGAGUUCAAAAAAAAAUCCAUGCAGGAGGAGAUGUCCAGGGCCAAGGGUCACCUGCGACAGCUGCUGCAGAGUCAUGGCAGUGCAGACGGAAUGGUUAUGCUGCUCAGCAUUUACGAGGAUGAGGAUGAGUUCUACCAGGACCUGGUCACUGUUGCCACCACCUUCUUCCAGUAUCUGCUGCAGCCUUUCAGGGACAUGAGAGAGCUGGCCUGCCUCUACAAGAUGGAGAUCCUGAAAUCUUUGGAGUUUGAGGACUUGGGUCCUAAGAGAAUUGCUGCCCUGGAGAAGGAGGCGGAGGAGUGGAGAACGAAAGCAGAAGAGGCAGUCGCCUCAAUUCAGGACAUCACUGUCACCUACUUUGCACAGACUUCAAAGGCCCUGGCUGGUAUGGUAAAGCAGAUGGAGGAGGAUAAGCGUCGUUUUGGAGCUGCUGCCUGGGCGUCUGCAGCUCCCAGGCUGGAGAAACUACGCUUCCUGUUGGCCAAAGAAACCCUGCAGCAUAUGAGAGCUACAGAGAUGUGCCUCAAUCGCAAGAAAGACAACAUCAGAGAAAGGCUGGGCAGCCUGUCUAGCAGAGUCCACAGCCAGGGAGCUGAUUCCAGGUCUGCCUCUGAGGAUGGCCAGCAGCAGGACACAGUGGACCAGCUGGAGCUGCAGUUCUAUGAAACCCAACUAGAACUGUACGACACCAAGUUUGAGAUCCUGAAGAACGAGGAGCAGCUGCUGGUGGCUCAGAUAGACACAGUGCGGAGGCAGAUUAAAGAACUCAAGGAUGAGGUGGUUUACUAUGAUGUGUGUGAGGAUCCAGAGGAGCUGCAGAGCAUGGUCCACACAAACAUCCAGCAAGCAGACUCUCCGGCUGUCAGUCAGCUCAAAAGACGCCUACAGACCUUGGAGACCAAGAGAGGCAACAUCUGUGCCCGGCGAGCUUAUCUCCGCAACAAAAAGGAUCAGUGCAUGGAUGCCCAAGAGCAGAAGCAGCUGGCAGCCAAGCAGAGCUCCAAAGCCUUCAACCAGCAUCAUCAGGUCCACCUGAAACGAGAGAAGAGGAAAGAGGAGGAGCAGAGAAGGAAACAGUGGGUGGACCAGGAGCGAGAGAAGACUCUGAGCAGAUUACGAUCCUUCAGAGAGAAGCGACAGGGCCAGUACAUCCUGAAAACUCCUCACUCCAGGAUGUCCCCCUCAGAAGUCCAGUGUCCCUCCCAGCCGCUGUCCAUCAUCAGCCUCGGCCCCUCUCCCUCCUCUGAAGGACCCUCCUCCCUCGUCCGUCCUGCGCCCAGGCGCAAUAAAGCACCCAAGAAACAGCAGCCUAAAGACAUCCCUGUCCAAAUCUUCUCCGCACCCCCGCCUCCAACAACAAAUAUCCCGACUGCACCUCCUCCUCCACCUCCUCCACCCCCUCCACCCCCUCCCCCACCACUGCCCCCUGCUGUACCUCUUCUACCUGUUCAAGCUUCCUCUGAGGAUGCACCAAUGGCCCUGAGUGAAAAAGAGGCCCCUCCCUUCCCAGCCAAGAACAUGCUCAAAGAAAAUAUAGGGACAAUGGAUGAGGUGUUGGCCUCACUGCAGCGUGGACAGAUUCAGCUUCGAAAGGUCUCCCCUUCCAGAACAGCGCCCCCUGUUAUGGACCCGAGGAGCAGCCUAAUGUCUGCUAUUCGACAGGGAGUCACCCUGAGAAAGGUGGUUCCUGCACGUGCAGAGGUCCCGAGCAGUGCAGACAAUGAGCUAGAGCGCAGCAUCAAAGCCGCCAUGAUGAGGAUGAAGAAGGUGGCAGCUGACUCUGAUGAAGAGGACCGGGGAGAUGAGGAUACACAGAAUACGGACUGGGACAGCUGAGAACACACACACACACACACCGAUGAAGCUGUUCUCUUAUAUUGUCCCUGCUCUGUUUUAUCCUGCUUAUGUCGCUGCCAAAUUUUCAUCAAAAAGCUUCUUCUUUGACAAGCACAGGAUUACGCCUCUUCUGACUUAAACAUUUCAGUUUGUUGAGGUUCUCACACUGUAAUCAUAUUUGUCUUUUUGAAAUUGCCCUGAGAUCUUGAAAUACAUUCAAAACUGCUUAAAUCCAACUACCCAGCAAGUGGCAGAAUCAGGAUUUAGUCUCCUUUGAAGCAGUUGGUUUGCAGAAACUAAGUGCUUUAUAGGUGCCAACAGUAGAAACCAACAUUAAGGAGAGAAGCCAAGCAAUAAUAGCCUACUGUAGAGUGUAAAUGAUUGAAUAUCUCCCAACUCUGUCUGAAGGCCUUUUGUGAUACUGUCACACAGCAGGGGAAGCCUGUGCUGAAGGCAGAGACCACUAUACAACACUACACAACUCCAGUACCACAAAUACUCAUUUGUCUCACAUUGCUGAGUCUAAACUCAGCUGCCUCUGUUAUUUUGAAUGUAAUUAAAUCUGAACUUUUUUUUUUUUUUUUAACUCGACUUCACCCCAACAAGGGCUACUUCAAGCUGAGUUUAGUAGUUUUUGCAUUUUAUUACUAAACAAAGGAAUAGUUAUGUUCUAAAGUGCAGCAGUGUUAAUUAUUUACAACCUACAUGCCUAAAGUCUACAUUAUUGUUUGUAUUAGAGGCUCUUUGAUGCGGUGUCCUGUGCCUGUUUUUUCUUUCUGUGUAAGAAAUGUGUGAAUGUGUUAAGGCUUGAUUUCGGUGUAAUUCAUACAUGAGCUGUUAUUUCUUCCCCUCUGAUGCCAUAACAAAUGAAGUGACAAAGAAAGAAUGCUAGACUCAUUUGUUGUGUCACCAAUACGUCCUUCUAAUGGUGGAACUGCUCAUUUAAUAAAUAGGUAGCUGACAGGUUAUUGUUGUUAUUGUUUAGGGCAAAUUUUAUACUUAUGACCUUGAACCUGUGACAGAGCACUUGACUUACCUGAACCUGUCAAAAAGACAAGGUUAUAAUGUAGUAUGCACAAAUGAUACAAUACUGUAUGGCAAACAGCAUUAAAUGGUUUGCAGAAAGAAAUUACUAAUCAUUGCACUUGGUUUAAAACUUCUGAUUCUACCAAGAUGUGAAAGUUACUCCAUUGUGUUACAGGCAAGCUUUGGGCUGAUGAUGGCUGAGGCUGAAACACACUUGUACUGCUGUGUUUUAAUAAUAAAUGAAGACAAGAUCAUGA